UAUAAUCUAACCAUUGGGUCGAUAAACACGUUUUACUCAAGCUUUUCGAAAAAACAUUCAUGAUGAAAUCUUACGUACAGAAUGGCGUUAUUACCGGCAAGUCGAUUCCAAACAUACGAGAGCAAUCAGUGAUUCUCAUACGCUCUUGAACAAAUUGUAAAAAUUAGACGAAAAAAGUGUUACACAGAGAAAGAGAGAAAGGAAAGAACUAAGGAUGGAAGAGAAGAAGAAAGUGUAGUAGUUUUGUCUCUUCGAAAAACGAGAGCCCCUGCCUAGAAGCUACGUGACGCGGCGCCGUUUCAGAGGGCGUCGACGAAGUUGCUCGAUGCUACGUAGAAGCAACGGAAAGGGAGGAGGGUAGCGGCAGUAAUGACAGCGUGGUGGGGAUCGAGGACUCGUCGAUGCCGGGACGAGAACAGCGACGAAAGAGAGUGGAGGGGUUGUUAGUAAGCGAAGCGGCCAUCUUGCGAGGUUCAGUCGGAAACCAACUGCCGUGCAGUGAGGGAAGGUAAAAGAAAAGACUCGAUGUGUUAGCUGAAGGAUUUUUUUAAUGCGCUUCCGAGCCGGGUUACCGCUACGUGCGAAAGGCUGUGCGAUACCGACAACGGAGCAGCGACCAUCCAGAGAUUUUCGCAUACGGAAAAACUUUGUUUUAUCCGGCGAAAAGUCUCAGGGUAGGAGCAGAGAAGAAGGAAUCGAGGGAGCAGAAGUUUUGACGCUGGAGAAGAGAAGUCGAGAAGGCAUCGAGAAGUUGUAUAACAAUUUCAUUUCUCGCGGAACAGAUUUAUCCGCGAUAUUUAAUAUCUCAUCAGAUUAAAGGCAGUGGAGAAGACAGAAAGAACUUUGUUCAUAUCAUUGGAGACAGUGAAGAGAAAGAGUAAAGAGAAAAAAGUAAUAAAAAAGUGAAAGAAAGAAGAAUAAGUGAGAGAUAAUUGAGAAGAAAAGAAAAGAAAAAGCGCAGUGUCAAAGUCUGUGAUAGUAUUUAUUCAAACGAUUCAGCUAUACCGGGUAUUGUCUACCACAGUAGCAUCGUUUGUCGCUCCUAUAAAUCGCAAGAGUUAGAGAAACAGAGGAAUAGAUAACCUUUAUAUAUUUAUUUAUAUCUGUGAUACCGACGCUGAUAUACAUCGAAUUAUCCCGAAGAAGAAAGAGAAAAAGAAAGGAAGUAUACGUCGGUAAAGAGAGAAAGAAUUGAGAGAAGCAUAGUGGUUUAAAAAGUUAAGAUAGUGGGAAAGGAGAUUAUAUCAGUAACUUAGUGGAUAUAGAUGUUUUUGUAUAUACGACUGACUCUUUUUUAUAAUUAUUGAUAUCGGGUUAAGAGCGAAAAAGAGAGGAAGUUUCAUUGUUGUUUGUUAAUUGAAAAAGAAGGGAGAUUCAAAGAAGAAAAAAAUUAAAAGAAAGUUUUGUUUUGAAUAAGAACUUCACUUUUCUUUUUUGACUCUUUUCUGGAUAUUAAACCGAAGCUUGUGGUAACUGUGCGAAAAUGGUGGAGAAAAUCUUGGAAGAACGAGAAGACGGUUGUCAAGAGGUUGCAAGAGAAGAUGCAAAUUGCAGAGAUACCGUGAAUUCCACGGGCGAAUCUAUGAGCGCGGUGCAAGCUCGACAAGAAGAAGCUAGGCGCAAAAGACGCAAGAAGAAACGUUCUGGAUCAUCCUUAAUGUCUUCUUGCUUCCAAGAACUGUACAGAUUGACUGGCGAAGUUCUUGGUGAAGGUGCUUACGCCUCGGUUCAGACUUGCAGGUCGCUUUAUACAGACCUGGAAUAUGCUGUCAAAAUUAUUGAUAAAAUUCCUGGUCAUGCACGGGCACGUGUAUUCAAAGAAGUCGAAACAUUUCAUCAUUGUCAAGGACAUCCAAACAUUAUUCAAUUAAUCGAGUUUUUCGAAGAUGAAGAAAAGUUUUAUUUGGUAUUUGAGAAAGUAAACGGUGGUCAAUUGUUGAGCCGGAUACAAGAAAGAAUUCAUUUCAGUGAACGAGAAGCAAGUCAGAUAAUUCAAGAGAUCGCAAGCGCAUUAAAUUUCCUUCAUAAGAAAGGUAUUGCUCAUAGAGAUCUGAAACCCGAAAACAUCUUGUGUGUGUAUCCGGAUAAGUUAACACCAAUUAAAGUGUGCGAUUUUGAUCUUGGCUCAGGCAUAAAAUUCAAUAACUCAUUGUCAAGUCCUGUAGCUACUCCGCAACUUUUAACGCCAGUUGGCAGUGCCGAUUUCAUGGCUCCAGAAGUUGUGGAAGCUUUUAUCGGAGAAGCGAAUUAUUAUGACAAACGUUGUGAUCUCUGGAGUCUUGGUGUGAUUAUGUACAUUCUCCUUUGUGGUUAUCCACCUUUCUAUGGGAAUUGCGGUUCCGACUGUGGUUGGGAGAGAGGCGAAAAUUGUCAGGCUUGCCAAGAGCUUCUAUUUACAAGUAUUCAGGAAGGCAGGUAUGAAUUUCCAGACAACGAAUGGAGGUGUAUUUCGGAAGACGCAAAAGAUUUGAUCAGAGGCCUGCUGGUAAAAGAAGCUCAUCAAAGGCUUAGCGCCGAGAGUAUUUUGAAACAUCCAUGGAUUAAUCCUGGUCCAAGUUCCGUUGAAAAUACUGAAAAAUCUCUUACAACUCCUCAUAUUAUCAGAAGAAACAAUUCUGCUAGAGAACUCUCGGCGUUUGCUGAAUCGGCGAUGGCUGUGAAUCGUGUUGUACUUCAACAUUUCUCCGUGAAUUUGGAGGAAUUAGCGGAGAAGAGGGAACCGAGAUUGUCUACUUCAUCCACAGAUGAAGAUAACCAUCCUUACGGGCACAUGUCCGAUUCAAGCAGCGAAUUAUCAGAACACAGUAAGCUUUGCGCGACUCAUUCCUCAAACGAAUUUGAUGCUAAUUCGCGUGUAAAAUCUUGUUCGGUUCAUUCGAGUAUCGAUUUAAUCGAAUCAAAAGCCAUUGGGAAAAAUCGAAUGAUUGGUAAGGAUUCAUCGCUUCAUCAACUGUUUGGUUUGUCACCGCCUAGCGAGAGCCGUUUGAUGCAGCGCCGUUUAAAAGCUCGUUCAGAUCUGUUAGAACGUCAAACGAACAAAGCAGUUAUCGCGUCCCCUAGUGGCUGAAAGGUGACAUUUUUACGAGAGAAAACAAAGAUCUCCUUUCUUGGUACCGCGUAUAAUUCAUAUUUACACAUCUGCAUAUACGGAUACGAAAGAAGUGUGUACAGUAAUGUUAUCUAUCGAUAAUUGACAAAGGGUAACAAUGAUAUAAGCUAUUUUAUGAUUGGCUAAGAGAAGAGUUGUGUUUCGUUAAAAAUAACUAGAGUCGCAUUACAAUGAUUUGCUCGACAAUUGACGAUUAUUAUACAUACACGAGCAUAUUCUGUACAGCGACAUAUGGGGCGACGACAUAAAAACGUGUCUUCACUCCGAUACACAAUCAACUGCGCGCGACGCCAACAGUACACGACACUCAGUCAGACAAUAAUUCUUCGUAAAUUUCCAUUCCUGACAUGGGAUUUAAAACAUCGUAUCCGAAUAUCUUUUUUUCCCGUUUUUCUGUUUUCUCUCUUUUCUCUUUUUUAUCUUUUUUUUUUCUCUUUUUCUUCCCGUUAUGCUUUAGUUUCAUUUCGACAAAACUAUUCAAUGUUUUUUGUUUUUUGCACUUAAGUUCAUAAAGAUACAGUAUUCGUUCGAUUUAUAUGUUGCAUGUUGCUUUACAAUAUAUUCGUUAAAUAAUAUGAACGAACAUAAGCAAAUACAGCACAAAUUUCAUACAUAUACAGUAACAAUUAAUGUCGUACACCUCAAUGUAUGGAUUUUUCCUUAUAAAUUAUUUUUACAAUAUUUUUAAACUUAAAAUAAUUUAUACAUGAAUACACUAAAUAGCUUAUUACUUGAUUUGUAAUGAGCAACUUUUGAGGGAUACAAAAGUGAAUUUACUUAUUUGAUAUAUAAUAUUUAUAAAUUAAAAAUUAGACCAUCUCAUAAGUAAUAUUAUUUUAAAAGUAUAAAGUUUCCAUAGAAAAAUAAUAUCUAUUUAUAUAUUUUUAAUUAAUUGAGUGUUA